AGAACACUGAAAUGUCGCAUAGCACGUACUCAAGUAGAUCCAGCACAAAGCAGUCGGCGUCCACAAAAAACGCUCAUGGAAAGUUUACGUCAAAAGAAAGAGAAACUACACAAAUCACUGCCAGCAAUUGCAAAAACAAAAUAGAAGAAUACAAACGAGCAUUCAACUUUUUCGAUGCAAACAACGAUGGCCGGAUCACAAUAGACGAACUGGAGAAGGCUAUGCAAAAAUGUGGUCAGAAACCAACCAAAUUGGAGUUGCGUCUUAUCAUGUACCACGGGGACAAUGAUCAAAACGGGGUCAUUACAUUUGACGAGUUUGCCCAUUUGAUGAACGGUACUGCAUCGAUGAACCAGUAUACGUACGACCAGCUUCGAGAGCAGUUCGAUAUGUUUGAUAAGGACAAAGAUGGGUUCAUUGAGAAAAUGGAAAUGCUUUCAAUUGUGCGUGAGCUGUCGCUCCAAGCUUCCUUUCCACGUCAAGUGGUUGAACAGUUGUUCAAUGAAGCCGACAUUGACGGCGAUGGGAAAAUUUCUUUUGAAGAGUUCGUCCUUGCUGUAAACUAAUCUCCACUCACCACUUGCUUCUGCUCAUUUGCAAUUUACAUAUAUAAAUUCACGUACGUAGCUUUGCUUUUUCCGCCAACUGCACCACUUCUAUCAUUAUAUAUUAUAAUAUAUUUUGUAUAUUUUAAAACCGAUGAAAAGUUUUGUACAAACAAAAGUAUUUAUAGUACAAA